CGGCGGGGCGCGGGGCCGCCGGGGCGGCUGCGGCUGGCGGUGCGGGGGCUCGUGCAGGCCGCCCCGCAAGGCAGCGGCCCCGGCGGCGGCGCGGGCGCCCGGAGGGAGGCGCGGGGGCGGCCGCGCGGGAGGAGCCGCCGGGAGCUGCGGAAGGAGAAGCGGCGCCUGCGCAGGGCGCGGAGGCUGCAGCGGGCCGGGGGCGCGGGGGGCGGCGCCGGGGACAGCACGGGGAGCCCCGGGAGCCCCGAGACCCCCGGGAGCACCGCGACCCCCGCGGCCGCCCGGAGCAGCAGGACCCCCGAGACCAGCAGGACCCCCGGGAGCAGCGCGACCACCGGGAGCAGCAGGACCCCCGGGAGCCCCGAGACCCCCGGGAGCAGCAGGACCCCCGGGAGCAGCAGGAGCACCGCGACCGCCAGGGGCAGCAGGAGCCCCGGGAGCAGCAGGACCCCCGGGAGCACCGCGACCGCCCGGAGCAGCAGGACCCCCGGGAGCACCGCGACCCCCGCGGCCGCCGCCGCCCGCAAGCGGGCCCUGCUGGCGGCCAACGAGGAGGAGGAGCGGGAGAUCCGGAAGCUGGAGCGCUGCCUCGGGCUCAGCAAGCGCAGGAAGAAGGGCGCCGGCGACUCGGUGCCGCCCAGCUUCGCCCGCGACGGGCUGGACUACAUCCUGGGGGCCCUGGGGUCGGGCUGUGGCCUGUACGGCAGCGAGGACGAGGAGGAGGAGGAUGGCCCCCGCCGCGCGCUCCUGGAGAGCGAUCCCGAAGACGGAGGGGAGGACAGUGAGGACGGAGCGCAGGGGAGUGGGCAGGAGGACACUGUGGAGGACAGUGAGGACGGAGCGCAGGGGAGUGGGCAGGAGGACACUGGGGAGGACAGUGAGGACGGAGCGGAGGGGAGUGGGCUGGAGGACACUGGGGAGGACAGUGAGGACGGAGCGCAGGGGAGUGGGCAGGAGGACAGCGGGGAGGAGAGUGACCCCAAGGACAGCGAGCUGGGCAGUGGCCGAGGGUCCCGGGCCCAGAGUGAGGAGCCGGAGAAGGAACCCCAGGGAAGCCCCGGGGAGGCCGCACGGCCCCGGCCGGCCCGGAGAGUUCGUUUUGCAGAUGAAGGCCACGGGAACAGCACGGAGGACGGGGCCCCCAAAGACCAGGCUCCGUGUGGGAAUGGCGGGAGGUACCUCCCGCCCGCCGUGAGGCAGGCGGCGGAGACGGCGGACGCCCAGAAGCAGGAGGAGCUGGGGAGGCUGAGGAAGCAGGUCACAGGCCUCAUUAACAGGCUCAGCGAGCCCAACCUGGCGUCCAUCAGCGCGCAGCUGGAGGAGCUGUACAUGGCCCACAGCCGGAGGGACGUGAGCACCACGCUGACCGAGGCCCUGCUGCGCGUGUGCGCCCCCGCCACCGCGGCGCCCAGCCGCCUGCUCAUGGAGCACGUGCUCCUGGUCAGCGUCCUGCACUGCACCGUGGGCAUCGAGGUGGGCGCGCACUUCCUGGAGGCCGUGGUGCGGCGGUUCGAGGCGGCGUACGGCGCGGGCGCGCCCGGGAAGGAGUGCGCCAACCUGCUGAGCCUCGUGGCGCACCUCUACAACUUCCGCGUGGUGCACGCGCGCCUGGUCUUCGACGUGCUGCGCCGGCUCGUGGGCGCCUUCGCCGAGCGGGACGUGGAGCUGGUCCUGCUGGUGCUGCGGGCCGCGGGCUUCUCGCUGCGCAGGGACGACGCCCUGGCGCUGAAGGAGCUCAUCGCCGAGACGCAGCGCAGGGCGGGCGGCGCGGACGCGCGGCUGCAGGAGCAGAGCAGGGUGCGGUUCAUGCUGGAGGCCAUGCUGGCCCUGAAGAACAACGACGUGCGCAAGGUCCCGGGCUACGACCCCGAGCCCGUGGAGCGGCUGCGGAAGCUGCAGCGCACCUUGGUGCGCAGCAGCGGCUCCGACACCGAGCUCCGUGUCUCCUGGGACAACGUCCUCAACGCCGAGCAGACGGGGCGCUGGUGGAUCGUGGGCUCUGCGUGGAGCGGGGCCCCCAUGAUCGAGGACAGCACUCGAGGGAGCCCCCAGAAGCCAGCGGCAGGAAAGGUCAGCGCCGCCAUGCUAGAGCUGGCCCGGAAGCAGAGGAUGAACACGGACGUCCGCAGAAGCAUCUUCUGCACCCUGAUGGCCAGCGAGGACUUCCUGGACGCCUUCGAGAAGCUGCUCAGGCUGGGCCUGAAGGAGCAGCAGCAGCGGGAGAUAGCGCACGUGCUGGUGGGCUGCUGUCUGCAGGAGUGCGCCUACAACCCCUUCUACGCCUUCCUGGCCGCCAAGCUCUGCGCCCACGAGAGGCGCCUGCAGAUCUCUUUCCAGUUUAGCCUGUGGGACAAGUUCCGGGACCUGGAAAACUUGCCGGCCACCAGCGUGUCUAACCUGGUCCAGCUGGUGGCCCACCUGCUGAAGACGAAGGCGCUCCCGCUCUCCAUCCUGAAGGUGGUGGAGUUCAGUGAGCUGGACAAGCCCAGAGUCCACUUCCUGCGGAAGCUGCUGUCCACGCUGCUGGUGGACACAGAGCCCGAGGACCUGGCCACCAUCUUCACCAGGCUGUCCGACAACCCGAAGCUCGGCGUCCUGCGCGAGGGCCUGCAGCUCUUCAUCAGCCACUUCCUGCUGCGGCCCGGGCGGGCACAGCCGCCCCAGGAGGCCGCCCUGCUGCGGGAGAGGGCCGAGCUCAGCACGCGGGCGCUGCAGGGCCGGGCGGUGCUGAGGAUGUAGCGGGGGUGAGGACGGGUGCCACGCCCCCCGGACGCUGCAAGUGCUGGCCCCCCCGGCCUCGGGGCCGGCAGCUGGAGCUGCCUCGGUGUGGGCGCGCCCAGGGCCCAGCAAUAAAGCCCCGUGCUCCUCC